AUGUUCACGUUCGGCAUUCUUCUGUUGAGCCUUUGCGGUCUCUGCGUUGGAUAUCGCCAGACUUUUGACACACAGUCAUGCGGCGCAGACCAUGGCGAGUUCAUGGACGACACGACUCGCCACAAGCUUUUACAGUAUCACGAGGGAACUCGAUUUACACUUGCUCUAGGAGAGUCGCCUAACAGUGAGGGCUACUAUCACCUACCCGCCAAAAACUUAUUCAAAAUGAGAUGGAACUGUGACUUAGAAAAAGAGGCAAGAAACUUGACCAAAAAUUGUCCUGACACCGUGUCAGGCGUACAGAAAACGGAGGACAUCUCUCAUAAACGCAAUGUAACAGGCACUAAACAAGGAAAGUACAAUUUUUUGAGCGAUGCAGUAGAUGCGUGGCUUUUCCUAUCAGAUGUCCUUCCUAUGGGACCUAACGCCACCUUUAAUGACACAGAACUGUACCCUUUUGCCAAUAGUGGCUUACGACAGGGCAUUUCGAACGUCGGUUGCCACAUACGAACAGUGUACACAGCGGAAGCACAGUCAAAGCCUCGGUCUUUGUAUCUACAACACCAACGUUCCCUUGGCGUGCAGCUGUACGAAAUAGGAAGCUGGAACCAAACUAUUGCGGGUUGUGCAUGGAAUAACACUGUGUGUGAAUUUAUUAAGCUCCCUGAACCGGAAAAAUCGAAUGUGAAGAUCUUCUCUGCAAAUUACCUUACAAGGUUCAGAACGGAUUCCUAUGAUUUUCAAGUCUAA